UAUCGUUUAAGAUUAGUCCUUCGCAACUGAAACCGAUUUGGUUAGCCAAAUUAUGACCAUCACCAACUGGUUUAAUUGGUCCGUAAAGGAUUUAAGCAAUGAGUCCCAUGCGAGACCCAAGUUGAUUCCGGGAUUCGACCAGUUGGAUAAGAGGCUGCAGGCGGCGCUUCAGGAGCGGGACGUGCAAAAGCAUCAGCGCAAGCGUACACAGGCGGGUGGUGGCCAAAGCCAGGCAAAGCCCAAAAAGCUCAAGACGACCAGAAAACAGACACCAAGGGUAUGCAAAUUCCAGAAGGUUUACACUGAGAAACGCAAGAAGCUAAAACGAGAGGCCAACAUGCAAAGUAAUGCGUUUCAGUUCCGGAGCAGACCUGUGCCCGAUUUCGAGCGAUCUCAUCGUCGUUUGGAAAGGCGCAAGCUGUACCUGAACUCUCUGCAAACGGUGACGAAGCCCCGAUGCCCUGCCACGCUGGCCACGUCAAUGGUCGCUUUAAACAAGCGCCUAAAGAAGCAAAGGCAGAGCCGAAAGACAUCCGACUUUGUGCCCCGAAUCAAUCCAGGCUCUUCUAUGGACUACCUCAACCGGCAGCCCUUUACGCCGCUUGUCAAGUCCUCCUUUACCCAUCCAAAACCUUUUCAUCUCCAUACGUCGGAGCGUGCUCUGCGCCGCCAAGUGUAUGACGAGAGGAAAAGGAUACGGAUGGAUCGGCGUUUGGAGCAGCAGACCAUCGAUUGGUUUGCACGGGAAAGAAGCGAGUACUUUAAGCUACGCAAAAUGACAAAUUUCAAGGCUACGCCGAAUCCCUGGAAGCAAACAAGGGUCACCGCUAGAAAAGAUUCUCAGGCAGCCUAGAAAUGAGAUUGUAAAUUAAAUUUGAAACAAGCUGAAUAUGGCAGC